AUGCCUUCUUCUGAGUGGAAUAUGUUUUCCAAAAUCCUUUUGUCUGCCACCAGCCUCCUGCUUGCUAUAUUGCGUCAUUUCCUUUGCUCUCUGAUGCAAUUCAUUCCAGGUUUAAAGAAUUUCCUACCCAGCCCAUCAAAAGAGGAAAUCACCUUCCACAGCCCCAAGGGUUUGCAAUGCAUCUCACCCUUAAUGCAGACAGUAGAGGAGACCCUUCAACCCAUCCCAGCAAAGAUUAAAGGACAUAUUCCCAAAUGGAUAAACGGCAAUCUUCUGAGGAAUGGUCCUGGAAAGUUUGAGUUUGGCGAGGACAAAUUUAACCAUUGGUUUGAUGGCAUGGCCCUGUUGCAUCAAUUCCAGUUGGAAAAUGGCACAGUGACAUAUCGGAGCAAGUUUCUGCAGAGCACUUCCUACCUGACUAACAGCCAGCAUAACCGCAUCAUGGUCUCAGAAUUUGGGACGCUGGCAAUGCCAGACCCAUGCAAGAGUGUCUUUGGGCGCUUCAUGUCACGCUUUGAGAUGCCACAGCCAAGUGACAAUGCCAGUGUGAACUACGUUGUGUAUAAAGGAGACUAUUAUGCCAGCAGUGAGAACAUCUUCAUGUACAAAGUGGACCCGGAAACACUUGAAACAAAGGAAAAGGUAGACUGGAGCAAAUUUGUUGCAGUGAAUGGGGCCACUGCUCAUCCUCAUUAUGAGUCUGAUGGGACAACAUACAACAUGGGCAAUUCGUAUGGGAAACAUGGGUCUAGGUAUAACAUCAUUCAGGUCCCUCCACAGAAGUCAAACUGUAGUGACACGUUAGAAGGAGCGAAAGUACUGUGCUCCAUUGCUCCAAUGGAUAGGAUGAAACCCUCCUACUAUCACAGCUUUGGAAUGAGUGAAAACUACAUCAUUUUCAUUGAGCAACCCAUCAAGCUGAAUCUGUUGCAGAUUAUCACUUCCAAACUCCGUGGGAAAGCCAUUUCUGAAGGGAUAAGCUGGGAGCCUGAGUACAAUACUUGCUUCCACGUGGUGAAUAAGCACACUGGAGAGGUGCUCCCAGGACAGUGGUACAGUAAGCCCUUUGCUUCUUUCCAUCAAAUCAAUGCCUUUGAAGAUCAUGGCUGUGUGGUCCUUGAUCUGUGCUGCCAGGAUGAUGGAACAACUCUAAGUACUUACAAACUUCAGAACCUGCGGAGGAGUGGAGAAGCUCUAGAUCAGAUUUAUGACUCAAUAUCCCGAGCUUUCCCUCGUCGCUUUGUUCUCCCACUGAAUGUGAAUUCAGACACACCCGUGGGGAAGAAUCUGAACCCACUGUCUUAUACAUUGGCAAGGGCUGUGAAAGAUGCAGAUGGCAAGGUCUGGUGCACACAUGAAAAUCUCUACCCUGAGGGCUUUGAAAAGGUUGGGGGCUUGGAGUUCCCCCAGAUCAACUACUCUAAGUACAAUGGUAGGAGGUACCGUUACUUCUAUGGAUGUGGUUUUCGGCAUUUGGUUGGAGAUUCCUUGAUCAAAAUUGAUGUGGAGACCAAGAAUUUCAAGAUUUGGCAGGAGGAUGGAUCCUACCCAUCAGAGCCUGUGUUUGUGCCAGUGCCUAAUGCCACAGCAGAAGACAGUGGAGUCAUCUUGUCUGUUGUGGUCUCCCCAGCUGAGAGCUGCAGUGCUUUCCUGCUUGUCUUGGAUGCAGAAACCUUCCGAGAACUGGGGCGAGCAGAAGUUGCAGUGCCAAUGCCUUAUGGAUUCCAUGGUGUCUUUACUUCUCACUGA